UUUUCUAGUGUAAGUGCAGCAAGUAACCCUUCUUCCUGUAUGUACGCAGCUCUUGAGUAAUUGGCAUUGCCUUGCCAGAUUAAUGCAAAGAAUUAACCGACAACAUUAUUGCACAUUACAUGUCUUCCUAACCAUAAGUCAUAUGCUUUUAUUUUGUACCUGACAUGUCUUGCAACCAACCUGGAUCUCGCUUUGCCAUUGAAUUCUGGUUGCUAACAAGAUUAUCCCAACAUGGGUUUGUUUGUACAAGAUUAUAUGAUUAGAGAAUGUUGGAAGUUUCAAAAGAUGGAUCUUUUCUGCUAGUAACUUUCGAUUCAUUUUCUUCAGAGAAUGGUGGGGGAAAAGAUCUAUCUUUCCACUAAUCUGUGAUCAAUAGAGGAGCAGAUUAUUGAUCACAGAUUAAGAUCCAAAUCAAUUAUAGUGUCAGGUUUUCAGCCGUUUACUUUGGUUUCCUGUUGAGCUUGCCCGUACUGAGGUCUCCAGUGCAUAUCACGCGCUAUGAUAUGUUAUCUAUUUAUCGGAGAGUCAAAAAAUGGGAAGCAGAGAGACGCUGAGACAGUUCGUUGGCCGUACAAGUAGGCUCGGUGUUCUUGGUCCAAACCACUCCGGUAAUCUCUGUCUUUGAGACAAAAGUUCUGAUGAAAAUCCAACAAAGUAAAGUUUUUUCUUGGAUUUGCGUUACUUUCUGCUGCAACUUUCCCAUCUGUUUUCCUUAGUCCAUCCAAAUGGUAUAAAAUGAAUUGGUGAACGGUAUUUCAAGAAGCCAACAAACUUCUUGCUUGCUAGUUAUUGCCAUUCUGGUUUGAAGAAGAGUUUUGGCUAAGUUAAUCUGGAAUCAACACAUGAAAGGAACAUUUGAAGCAUGCUUUAGUUGUUCUGCUUAAAGUAUCACCUCCCAACAAGUUUAUAGUAUAUACUCUAUUCCAGACCUAUUGGAGUUCAAAGCUCUCCUUUUAUUCAUCGAGGAUAAUGCUCUAUGAAACUUUAAAUUAGAACAGCAUAUAAUCAUUUGAGAUGGAUACCAAGGAAGCAGAGAGAGUAGUUAUUGCUAGGCCAGUUGCCUCAAGACCGAGUUGUUCCAGUUUUAGAUCUUUCUCAGAACUUCUUGCAGACACCAUUGGUGUCUCGCCCUCCAAUGUAUGUUCAACUGCAGUUGCUGCUAUUCGACCAAAGACAGUGAGGUUCAAGCCAAUGGUGAAUCGUGCUCCACCUGGGCCGGUUUCUUCUCAGGCAGAAAUCUCUGGAGCAGCUGUUUGUAAUUCAGCUGAUGAGGUUCCGAAAUUUGAGAGCAAAGCAACUGUGGUAUACAAACCAUUGGCAAAAUUUGUAUCAAAGACGACUGCUUCUCUCUUGGCAAAUAUGGGAAACUUCAAUACUAAUCAUCAACCACCACAACCAACAUUCAAGACCUCCUCCCAACAUUCAAACCAAGAGAAACAUAAGUUCAGAUCCCAAAAAAGAUCAAAUCUUCACCAGAAAAUUCCCUCACGAGUUGAAACAAAUCAGGCAGUUGGGCCUGCGAAGGUAGCAUCCCAGAAACUGGAGGAGGAUCCGAAAGCUUUGCCGACUACAGCUAAUGGUGAUAGUCCUUCUUAUGAUGGAUAUAAUUGGAGAAAAUAUGGCCAAAAGCAAGUCAAAGGAAGUGAGUACCCAAGAAGUUAUUAUAAGUGCACACAUCCAAAUUGCCCCGUGAAAAAGAAGGUUGAGAGAUCAUUGGAUGGUCAGAUUGCAGAGAUUGUUUACAAGGGUGAGCACAACCAUUCAAAGCCUCAGCCUCUUAAGCGCAACUCAUCAGGGACAACACAAGGGCUAGGAAUUGUAUCUGAUGGGCUUGGUCAAGAUACCACCAGCAGCAGAUACAAUGAAGGAAAUGAUGGUUCUGAAGGCAGAGUAGAAAAUCAGAAUGAAGUAGGAUUGGCUGCACGUUCUACUUAUCAGGGUAAUGCUGCACUAAAUUGUGAUCCUGUUUCAACUGGUACAAUUGCUGCUGCUGCUGCUGCUGGUACUCCUGAUAAUUCCUGUGGCCUUAGUGGAGAAUGUGAAGAAGGGAACAAAACAAUGGAGCUGGCGGAUGAGGAACCCAAAAGCAAAAAAAGGAAAAGUGAGAGUCAAUCCAACGAAGCAGGUCUAUUACGGAAAGGCACACAAGAGCCCCGCAUUGUGUUGCAAAACUCCACAGAUUCUGAAACUAUGACCGAUGGCUUUCGCUGGAGGAAAUAUGGACAGAAGGUUGUCAAGGGAAAUCCAUAUCCCAGAAGUUACUACAGAUGUACCAGUCUCAAAUGCGGUGUGCGCAAACAUGUGGAAAGAACAUCAGAAGAUCCAAGAGCUUUUAUCACAACAUAUGAGGGAAAACAUAACCACGAAAUGCCACUCAAGAACACAAAUCCAGUGGUUUCUGAAACAGAUUUCCUCGCCCCUAGAAGUAAAGAAGGGAGAUCAUGAAUGACUGUGUGCACUAAAACUUCACCAAAUCCAUUAUUUGAUAUGGUAGUGUAAGUUUGAUAGAGGUCAAGGGCAUUAGAAGCCAGAUGACUUGUGUGAUCAGCCGGUGGAUCAUUUUUACUCUAAAUCUCACAGAUUGUUGACCAAAGACUGUGUUUCUUUCUUUUCUCCUUUUGUGGGUAGCUAAGAUUAUUCUAGGGAAACAUAUCUGUCUCUAUACAGCCUUUUCACCGUGCUGCCUCAAAGCUUGUUGUAACACUAGCCGCACACUCGCGCAAUGCGUGAGAAAAAUGAUGUUUUUUAAUCCUAUUCUAUUUUAAAUUUUGUUUAUAAA